CGUGCGUCGUGCGCGCGCCAGUCAGCCAUUUUUUUAAGAAAUUCGCGCGUUUUGUGAUUGUGCCAUUUUGUUUAAUAAAAAAUUGUUUAUGGAAUUCUAGUGGAUUGUGUUAAAAUAAUAAAACGGAAAAAAUGGCGUAUGACAACCAAGGCGCCACGAUAUCCAUGGAGGAUGUCCGUGACCCAGACAUUACCGUCAGUACAAUACAAGAAGAAAUUGCUGCUAGAAGAAAUCGAAUGCUCAAGCCACAGAAAUCCACAGUAGCUUCUAGAAGACAGCAAGCAGUGUGUGUUAGACGCGCACACAAAAAAUAUGGACCGACCAAGAAUCCUAACGUCAUUCUUGAUGGCUUGAACAUGACCGUACCUAAAGGCGCCAUCUACGGUCUUCUCGGGGCAUCGGGAUGCGGAAAGACUACACUAUUAUCCUGCAUUGUGGGAAGACGUCGUCUGAACUCUGGUGAAAUUUGGGUGCUAGGUGGGCGGCCUGGCGGACCUGGAAGUGGUGUUCCUGGACCUAGAAUUGGAUAUAUGCCUCAGGAAGUUGCACUUUUCGGCGAGUUUUCAAUACGAGAAACUAUGAUAUAUUUCGGCUGGAUCGCUGGCAUGACAACGAAGGAGGUUGACGAAAAAGUCGACUUCCUUGUUUCACUAUUGCAGCUGCCAAAUCCGACGAGACAAGUAAAAAAUUUGUCAGGAGGUCAACAGCGUCGAGUUUCUCUCUCAGCGGCACUUCUUCACGAUCCUGAACUCUUAAUCCUGGAUGAGCCAACAGUCGGAGUUGACCCAGUUUUGAGACAGAGCAUUUGGGAUCAUUUGGUCGAAAUAACUAAAGGCGGGAGAACAACGGUUAUAAUCACCACACAUUACAUCGAUGAAACAAAGCAAGCUAACAUUAUCGGCCUUAUGCGUGGAGGCAGGUUCUUAGCCGAAGAGUCCCCAAGUGAGCUGAUGUCAAGAUACCAAGCGGAGAGCCUCGAAGACGUGUUCCUAAAAUUAUCCGUACUUCAGAACAUGGGCAAGAGAAGACGAUCCAGUAUAUUGGCUGAUGUUGUAGAAAAAGUCGAAAUACCAUCAAUACCCGACCCAACUGCUAUUGACAUUGAAGAUUCAGAAAUUGGUGAAAUUUCUGGAGAGUUUGGUGAUAAUGUAUCGAUGAGCAGCAAGGGUCGAGGGAUCGUUACUGAAAAGGUUACGGCGGUUGAAGCUUUACCGCCAGAAGAGAAGCCGACGAGUAGAUAUUUGGAAAGGAUAAAACCUAUGAAAAUGCAUCACAUGGAAGCUUUGAUUUGGAAGAAUUUCUGGAGUCUGUUCCGAAAUUACGGGUUACUAACCUUCAUCAUUGGUCUACCGUUGUCUCAAAUGAUUCUGUUCUGCCUCGCCAUUGGUCACUAUCCUGUCGGACUCCCCAUCGGUAUUGUCAACAAUGAAGUAUCCCCUAACGACACUGAUGUUCUCUGUGACUACAGCAAGUCCUGCCCUCAAGAUCCCGAUACUUGGGAAUGGAACUUGACGAGGUUCAGCUGUCGAUAUCUGAACUUCUUGUCUCAGAGGCAAAAUAAUCUGGUACUCUUCCCAACGAAAGAAAUAGCAAUGGCUGAAUCAGUUAAGGGAAAGGCCCGAGCAGUUCUCGUGUUCCCGUCAAACUUCUCCGCAAGCUUACAGGAACGUAUGAGGGAUCCAAGGCACGCUGAUCCUUCUACCAUCGCCAAAUCCGAAAUCGAGGUCCACAUGGAUGACACCGACAAACAAGUGGAGUGGAUGUUGAACCGCGACAUCCAGCUGGCGUUUAUGGAGACCGCUGAGGAUCUGACAGGAUCUUGUGGUCUACCGAAGAGGAUGAUGUCCAUACCCGUUCGUUUCCACCAACCAGUUUUCGGCCUCGAGGUCCCUAAUUUUACAGACUUCGCUGGUCCCGGCGUUAUCCUAACAAUCAUCUUUUUCUUGGCCGUCGCCCUGACUUCGGGUGCCAUGUUAGCGGAACGUAAUGAAGGCAUUCUGGAACGUUCUCUUGUGUCUGGAAUUACAGGUACAGAGAUCCUGUUCUCCCAUGUGCUGGUACAGAUGCUGGUGAUGGUGGUGCAGACAAUCACCGUCCUUCUCAUCGGUUUCCUGGUAUUCAAUUUGACGAUCACUGGACCUGUUCUCUGGGUUGUGGUGCUGACUCUCAUCAACGGCUUGUGUGGAAUGACUUUCGGGUUCGUAGUGUCAUGUAUAUGUGAUACGGAAAGAACAGCUACAUACUUAGCACUCGGAUCCUUCCUGCCCAUGAUGUUGCUGUGUGGAAUUAUCUGGCCCGUUGAAGGUAUGCACAUGAUACUUCAGUGGAUAAGUUUCGUUCUUCCACUAACAAAGUCCACUGAAUCGCUCCGGUCCAUGCUUCAGAGGGGUUGGUCCAUCACUGUACCGACGGUGUAUUCCGGAUUCAUUUCCACAUCCGUCUGGAUUAUCGUGUACCUCAGCGUCAGUAUUCUCCUCAUCAAGUUUAAGAAAGGCUGAUUUUUUUUUUAUAUAAUAUUGGACUAUUUUAACUUUUACAUAUUUUUGUUUUAAAUGUACAAAUAUCUUUAAUGCAAGACCUUAACUUAUCAUAAAUCACGAUGAUAUUAUAAAAACAUAUACAUAUAAUAUAUUUCUUAAGUAUUAAAAUAUACUAAGAAAUAUUUGUAACAAUAGCGACAAAUCCUUCAAGAAUUAUUGAUAUAGUAUAAUUACAUUAAAAAUAUCUUGAUUGCCUCAAUGAAACUUAAUCAAAUAAGUCUGAACCUGAUUGGUCGAGCGACCGUAACGCCAUCUACAUAGAACUGUAACGUCCCUAUAAAAUAUGUAUUAAAACUUACAUAUUUAAUAGCAGUAAUAAAUUUUACAUUUAGCAUAAUAAAAAUAUAGGUAUCAUAUUUAAUAAUUAUAUAAGAAUUUAAAAUGUCAUAAUAUCAUGUCAUGACAUUUUAUAAUAAUAUUUGACAUGAAAAUCGAAUUGUAGUUAUAACUUGCUACAUAUCAAAGUCUAGGCACUAUUAUUAUAAAUAUUAAUUGCUGGGUAAGGUACAUAAAUGUGAUAGGUAUUAGUCAUAGUAGGUAUGUUUUGGGGUUAAAUAAUUGUGAUUUACAUAUGACAUGACAUUGUGAUGUAAUAAUAAGGAAAUAUCUAAUAAAUGUGACAUUAUUUAAUUGAAUUCACUUCUUCCGCCUUCACUCUUGCUUCUUAACGAACUGUUCUUAACUUAAUUAGUGAAAUUGUAUUUGUAUUCAGUUUUAAAAAAUCUUCAAUGAAUCGAAGAGUUGGUUAAUCACAAAAGUCUGUUAAGCAAAAAACUGUCUUCGUUAUUUGGUUCAGUAAUUUUGCUUUUACAUAUACGCUAGUGUGGUCGUAGCAUUAUUUCUACAUUAUACUAACUUAUCAUUGACUUUAGCUGAAAAAUCAUUUCUUUCGAAUUUUACUAUGUUUACUUUAACAUAUAAAUUAGAUUUUAGUGUGUGUUUUGAUGUAAUUAGUGGAUUUUUGUGUUGAUUUAAUAAUGCUUGUGUAAAUAUGCUUUAGUUUAUAUGAAUUGGGAAGUAAUUUUAGUGAUUAGACAGCGGUAUUGCUCAAGCGUAAACGCGUGAUAAUCACGUGUUAACGUAUAAUGUAUUUGUUAAGGACGAAUAAAUAACUUUCACUGAA